AUGAGCGUUGAAGACACUCCAUUUGUUCCAACAGUCACUGCAAUUUCCUCUACCCCAGAUUUCCAGUGGAUGGUCCAGCCUACGAUUAUUACAUCUGUCUCCCCGUCUCUGGGUAGCAAGCAAGCCAAUGAACCACAAAGCUCUCACCAGGCAACACCCAAAGUGGGCGGGAGUAAGGGCAAAAAUGCUGUCAGAAAGGGGAAAACAGAGCAGCUGUCUCCAGAGGAGGAAGAGAAAAAGAGGGUGAGGAGGGAGAGGAAUAAAAUGGCUGCAGCAAAGUGUCGCAACAGACGGAGGGAACUCACGGAUACACUGCAAACUGAGACAGACAAGCUGGAGGAGGAAAAAGCAGCCCUGGAGACGGAAAUAGCCAACCUCAUCAAAGAGAAAGAGCGGCUUGAAUUUAUCCUUGCCACACACAAGCCAGUGUGCCAGAUGACAGAAGAAUUGGAGUCUAUUUUCCAGGAGCCCACAGGGUCCCCGGGGCUACCGCCCAGUCCAGACGAGGACAGACUUCCAGAGGAUGGCACCCAGGAAGCUCCUUCGCUCCAGGACAUGGACAUCCCCAGUGAUCCGUCCACAGCCAUCUCUGGGAACUCCAAUAUCUUGCUGUGCGCCAGCGCUGAAAUCAACAUCUGCGAUCUUGAGCCCUCCCUGGACAUUAAGGAGGGGCUACUGGAAAAUAUGCUCCCCAGUUUGGAGGAGAAAACCCCCUUGGAGACGGCUCGAUCUGUGCCAGACAUAGAUCUGAGCAGCUCUCUUGGGGUCUCGGACUGGGAGACCCUGUACAAGUCUGUCUCCAGCGACCUGGAGCCUCUCAGCACUCCUGUGGUGACCUCCACCCCCACCUGCAGCAGCUACCUGUCUGUGUUCACAUUUGCGUGUCCCGAGCUGGACUCUCUCACAGAGGAACUAGACAGCCAUAAAGGUGGAGGGGGCAAAGCUGAGUCUGUCGACAUCCUCAACUCUCCAACUCUCCUCGCCUUAUAAUGUACAGAGGGAAGUGAUCUGUGUGAUCUCUCUGUUUCUCUUUCUGUUUGCAGGUCCUUUGACUUUGAAACGAUAUGACCAACAUAUGCUGUAACACUUCAAGGAGUACAUUCAUGAACUGUCUUGUGUGUGACUAAACAAACAUAUAAACUUUAUUUCCAGAUACAUAGCCAACAGAGUGAUGUAGCCAAAAGCAUGGCUUUUGCUUUUACAGGAGGAACUGGAGUAAGUUUUGAUUUUAAAACGCAUGCUGAGAAAUUCCAAAUAAUUUUCAAAGCCUAUAUAUAUACAUAUAUAUAUAUCUAUACGAUCUGUUACUAGAUCUAAGAUGUAAUGUGGAAUUUAAUGUAUCAGUAUGGUUUUGUGUUUUGGUGUCAACAGUGUAUCGAUUGCUGUAAAUGUUGUAUUUACAUAUUCAUCCAUGUCAAGUACCUGCGUACCUCAAUGUCAUCGACUGUGGUUUGACCUCAUUGAAAGUUUUCCAUGAAAACAUCCAGUGCUAUACUAUAUAUCUUAUCAAGAUGUAACUUAUGAUUUAUUUUUUUACCUUUCAGACUUUGACUUAUUUGUUAAACUUAAAAAAAAGAGUAAAAAUGAGCAUUGAUUGCUUAUCUAUGCUGCUGAAUAAUUACAAUAAAUCAACAUUCA